AUGCAUCAACCCAUCUCAGCCCUGACACUGCUUCCUAUCCUCCUCUUAUCACCAACGUCUUACGCUCAAGAAGUCGGUCCCAACUAUGCGCACCCGCUAGAGGAUCUGGACAAGGACCUACCUUUUUCACAACCGGUUACAUUCGCUCAUCUCCCCUGGGAACGCUGCCUCUCUGUCUCGCACUCUAUGCCCAUUGACAUCGCGAUCCUCGGCUUCCCUUACGAUACAUCCACCUCCUACCGUCCAGGGGCGCGCUUCGGACCACGCGGCAUCCGGGCCGCCAGCUCGCGUGAGAAAAAGGGCAGAAGCUAUAACACAGUCUGGGGGGUUGAUCCGUUUCAAGACGGUGGACUGAAGGUUCUGGAUUGUGGAGAUAUUCCCAUCACGCCGUUUGAUGCCGCGCAUGCUUUCAAGCAGAUGGAGCAGGGGUACCGGCAGGUGUUGUGGCAUAACACGAGCGAGGAGAGUAGGUGGGAGAGGCCGAGAGUGUUGAGCUUGGGAGGGGACCAUUCGAUCGUGUUACCCGUACUGAGGAGUUUGAAAGAGGUAUAUGGCCCCAUCUCAGUGAUACAUUUGGAUUCGCAUCUUGAUACAUGGGAUCCGUAUCGAGGGUAUACGGGUAUCGCUUCGGAGCAGUCGGCUAUCACGCAUGGGACAUUCUUCUGGCACGCCAGUCGUGAAGGUUGUAUUUCCAAAGGAACGAGUAUCCAUGGAGGGUUGAGGACAAAGCUGUUCAGCCCGAAGGAUUACGUGAUUGAUAAGGACUUCGUAGGAUUCGAGCUGAUCGAAGCGCAUGAGAUUGAUGAUAUCGGGGUUAAGGGCAUUGUAGAGAAGAUGAGAAGAACAGUAGGUGACACGCCGACCUAUCUGAGUAUCGACAUCGAUGUACUCGAUCCCAGCAUUGCUCCUGCAACAGGCACCCCGGAAUCAGGCGGGUGGACGACAAGAGAGGUGAAAAGGCUCAUCAAGGGCCUAGAAGGGAUCAACCUCGUUGGCGCUGACGUGGUGGAGGUCAGUCCACCAUAUGACACGGUUGCCGAAGUGACAUGCAUUGCUGCGGCAGAUUUGUUGGUUGAUAUCAUGGCACUGAUGGUCAAGGACAAGACGGGACCGGAGAAUAUCUACGUUAAGGAUGAACUGUAG